AUCUCUACCUCUGAUGCAAUAUUCCGAGGGAGUGUUAUUGCUGAAACACCGCCGGAAGCACGUUUUCUUCGUGUGUGUUGUGAGUGACACAGUGAAUGCACAGCUAGUACAAGCAUGCUGUAAAAGGAUAGCGAGAAAUUACCUGUUUUAGUCACUAGAUAAAACACUUUCAUCGGGGGAAAUGGCCUCUCAAACACAGAAUGAACCCGACGAUGAUUGUAUGGACGAGUUCAUGGAUAAAUUCACCACACAGAAGUACAAAGGAGGGUUUAAUGAGAAGACCUGGGAGGAGGAGUUUGAGAAGGUCCCCAUGUUCAUGAAGAAACCUCCAGAGGACAUUGACCCAGUGAAGAAUCCAGAGCUUGCCUGUCUGCAGUCCAUCAUUUUCAGCGAUGAUACACCCCUAGAAGAGCAAGCCACGACCUACAAAAACGAGGGGAACGACUAUUUCAAGGAGAAGAAGUACAAGAAGGCCAUCGCUUCCUACUCCGAAGGGCUGAAGAAGAAGUGUGGAGACACAGAGCUGAAUGCAGUCCUCCACACCAACCGAGCGGCCGCACAUUUUCACCUGGGUAACUUUCGUUCUGCAUUGAAUGAUGCAUUAGCAGCAAAGAAGCUAAAGCCAGACCACCUAAAAGCCAUAAUCCGAGGUGCUUUGUGCCUCGUCGAACUAAAAAAAUACAGCGAAGCAAUCUCCUGGUGCGACGAAGGGCUGAGAGCUGAUCCCAAAGAGAAGAAGCUUCUGGAGCUCAGACUGCAAGCUGACCAGCUAAGAAGAACUUGGGAACGAGACACCAGGAAAUCAAAACUGAAAGAGAAAAAGAAGCAAUGUGAGAAAGCAGCCUUGCUGAAAGCAAUCAAAGAUCGAAAGAUCAAGCUGUUCACCCCAGCUAAGCCCCGGAGACGCAGCUCCGAUGACGAGGAGGAUGAAGAGGGAGUGUCUGGAGCGCUGGCGGAGCUCUCUCUCGAUGGGAUCAGCUCGGAGAACGCCACGGGAGCCAGCGUGUUUCUGGAUGAGAGCGGCAAUAUGAACUGGCCUGUGCUCUUCAUGUACCCGGAAUGCAGGCAAACAGACUUCAUCUCCGCCUUUCAUGAAGGAGCAAGAUUCCUGGAUCAUUUAACAGUGAUGUUCGGUCAAGAGCUUCCCCCGUGGGAUACAGAGAGGAAAUAUCGCCCGCAGGACCUGCAGCUGUAUUUUGAAGAUGAGGAGAGAGAAGAGGUUUACCAGGUUAACCCAGAGCACACACUACUGGAAGUUCUGAAGCAUGACAGGUAUUUCGUCAAAGCGGGCACUGCCAACUUUAUAAUACUGGUGAAAGGUUCCUCUUUCUGCAAGGAUUUCCUGUCUGAUAAGAAAGUGCAUCGGCUGAAACGAACCACAUAAUAAAGGAAACCUGUUUACCUGAAGCGAGGAGCAGCCGAGGAGAAAGGGGUUUAUAAAGAAGAAGAGAUCUCCAUCGUGUUAAAUUGCACGACGUUCAUCAGCCUGUCUCAGGUGAACGCAGGACUCAAGUGGCUUUCUGAAAAUCCUUGUGAAACCGCACCGAGCUGAUGCCCUUUGUCUUCCUGUUCAGCGGUCAUACAGCAGCUGCAAGUCGUUCAAGGACAAUAUUAACAUUGAACUGGCAUAAAGAGGCUUCAAUUUAAACCCAUGGGCGUCUAGUUUGUUGGCACCCAGUAGGUGAACCCUGAUUAUGUCCUUGGAUUUUAGACCCCAUCCUGUUAUCUGCAAGACUAAAUAUACUGUACCCUGCGCUUGAGUACCUGGACUGCAUUUAUAAAAUCAUUUCAGUCAAGCUCGUCAUUGUGGCGUUCUUAAAGCUGCAUUGUUCCACACAGUCACGUUCAAUUUGAAAAGCUGCUGCUGUCAACAGCAGAAUGAUCUAAACCAGGAGACGAGAUUGAGAAGCAGGCCAGCUUUCUCCCCCCAAAUUGUUGGGUUUUGUGUGACGAAUUUUACUAACCUUGUCUGUUUUAUUUACUUGAUUUAAUCUGUACAAUAAUCACACUGAAUUCCAAAGUCUGUCUGCCCAAACAAAUCGUCUCUUGAAUAGACAACGUCAAGAAACUGUUACAGCUUACUGUAAAUAUCAGAAGCCCCACUGGCAGUCAUUUCCAAGUACAGUAGAGUAUUCGUUCUAUCUGUACAAUAAUCCCGUGCUUCAACUACCACUUUACAAGGGGUUUGUGUUUAACAAAAAAUCAAAGCAAAAAACUGGCAGUUGCUCCGUUUCUAAUCGUGAAUUAUUGUUUUUAAUGGCAUUUUAUCAUUUAUCUCAAUUUAAACUUAAAUAAUGCACACUUCUUUUAUAACAAUUGGAUUCGAUGGGUGUACAAAUAUACAUUUUCAAACAGAUAAUUUAUGAAAAGCCUCAUCAUUUAAAUGUUUUAGGUCUAUUGCAGCACCAUUUAAACACCGCUAUAAUGUGCAAACAUGCUUUCACAGUAUGUGUUAUAUCAUGAUGUUAAAUACACACUUAUCAGACCUUUGUUUUGGGUGGUGCUGUCAACAAGAAGAAACAGGUCCUCUAGCGUCCUGAUUCAGGGUCAGAAGUAAUGGAAGUAAACUAAACAAGCAAGAAACCAAGAGGUCUUGAGCACAAGCAAAGGCAUGUCUAGUGAUCAUGUUGAUAGUUAAUAAGAAAAUGCAUUUUAAAGCCUUGGUUAUCACCCCUUUAAAACGCAAUUGAUUCUGAUAUGUUUUUCCUGAAUAAAAUAUUUCAAGAUGC